GUGAGCACUCUCAUGCCAUAGCUGCUAGCUAGUAGUACACACCAAGUGUUCCACAUAUAUAAAGAUAUAAAUAUAGAUACAAAGGAGCUAGGGAGUAGUGGUACUGGUACACACAUACAUCAACACCACACAUAUAUACACCUUAAAGAUUUUGCAGGUUUGCAAGAGACAUGGAUGACUUCACUUUCCCAACUCUGUAUGCAGGAGGGUUCCCUCACCAGCUCGGCCUCGGCGGCUCCUCCCCUCCGCCGUGGUUCCUCGCCGCCGCCGCCGGAGGGGAGGAGGAUGAGGACGAGGAGAAGAUGGACAUGCUGUGGGAGGACUUCAACGAGGAGCUCGCGAGCGCGCCGCCGCUGUGCCCGCUGAGCCCCGUGAUCAACAAGGGAGGGCUGGCGAUGAAGGAGGAGGAGGCCUGGCUCGACGACGAGCUCAUCGUCGUCGACCUGGAGAAGCGCGCGAAGCAUCUCCAUUCUCCACAGGACGGCAGGGUGGUCCGGCGCCGGCGGUGGAGCAUGGCGCUGAUGCUCAGGCUGCUCAAGAAGCUGUUCCUGGUCAAGAAAUCCAGGAACAACCCGAGGACCGCACCGAUUUGAUCCUUCCUCAUCAGAUGGGCUUAGGCUGCUACCUCCAAGAGAUCAAUGGGGGAUGAGUGGUUAUAUACAAUAUAUCAGAGUAAUGUUUUGAUUAAUCGGUAGUGCCGUGUGACAUGGAUUUAUACAGGUGUACUUGGUUUUGCUCUCACAAGGCAAACAGCCUGGUGUGUUCUUUUUUUGCUGAAGAUUGUGUUUUCUUAGCAUCAGUUUAAUCCUAACUGCCGGUUAUUGAAUUUGAAUUUUGGUAUACCUUA